AUGUCCUCAGAGACCACUGAAUUGAACCUUCUCUGCAUGUCCGGCCAGGGUUCCGUGCAGGCCGGCGAAGCAUUGGCCAAGCUUUAUGCCAACCAGGGUUGGUUCGUGUCGGUCAAUGUCUAUCCUGGAACACGCGCCCGCAGCGGCCCAGUGAUCAACUAUGUCAAGAUUUCCGACUCGGAAGCCAUGGCCAGUUGCGCCAACUAUCACCCUUCCGAGGUUAUAGUCUUUCAGGAAGAAUUGCUGCUGACUGCCAAAAACAACACCCACGAGUUGAUUGCCGACGCCAUUGGCCGGAUGAAUCGGGGUACGCUCCUGGUAAAUUCUCCUAAAUCACCUCAGGAAAUCGACCUGCCCUUCAAUCUGGAGGGCGUGGUUGCCACAGUGGAUGCCACCGGCAUUGCCGGGCGAUUGCUCCAGCGCAAUCCGCCUCCCGUUGGCUUAACCCUAUUGGGAGCCUAUGCGCGCAUUACCGAAGCAAUUGACAUGGAUGAACUGCUUUCCAUCAUCAGGGAGACUUUCCCAGGUACUGUUGGCGAACGCAACGCAGAGGCCACCCUCGAAGCAUACGAGACGGUUCAGGCCAUCGGAGGCGUGAAGUUCCAGGUGGACCGGCGGCCCGCUCGAUUGGAGCAUACCCCGGUGGCGGACCUGCCCCAGUAUUAUCAGUUUGACCGUUACGACAAACUGCCGGGGUUCAGCAACGGAAGCCCCUUUGUAUGGCGGGACAAAGUGCCCGUCUGCGAGGACAACAAAUGCAUCUGCCCGGGCGUUUGCAUCAGCGAAGUAAUGUGCCCCGACGGCACCGGUUUCAUCAUUCGCCGAGACUUGCCCCAUCAGGGCUAUCGCAUCGACGUUGACUUCUGCCGUGGCUGUGGCAUUUGCGCCGAGGUCUGCGUUGGUAGCGCCCUCACGAUGGUGGACGAGGACCAGGUCAAGAAGGACAAUCCGGAAUAUACUGACAUCACGGCCGAGCCCCACCGGCCGGAGAUCGCCACCCACCAGCGAAUUCACUUGGACAUCUAG